CAGGGACCUAUCAAAUUACAACCCCGAGAACAAACAAAAAGGUACCAAGACCAAGCCAAGCCAAGCAAAAAGUUGGAACCACUGUGUCACCCGGGUUUCCUAGAGGGGUCUAGCAUUAUAGUCCCAAGCCUUUCCCAAUAGCCAUCUUUGGGGUAGCAAUCUGGGGAAUUUCUGGGCGAAGGCAACCAACCCAUUAACCCCCGUCGUCAGGUGCAACGCGCGUGGUGUCAAAUUCUGUCGGAUCUCAGCCGUCCCCCCGACCACCUGCGUCUCUUGGAAGCGCCUUGGCUGGUGAUAUCGUCCGUCGUUCUCUUUGGUGUGGCGCAAGGUCUUGGGAGCAAAAAAAAAAAAAAAAAAAAAAAAAAAAAAAAAAAAAGAGGAAAGCGGGGGGUUUGCUGACGACUUACAAACAAGAACUUGCAAAAAUCUGCGAGGUGCACAUACGCACACAUAUGCACGAGCACACACCCGGCAAUAUGGAUUCACUAAAAGCCCUCUUUACGAGCCAGCUGGGGCCCGACAUGGAGGAUCCCGAAGAGGAAACCUUUAUCCUAUUCUCUCAGGACAUCCCAUCCCAGAACCUUGGCUUCAUUGACCCCUCAGCCUCGACUAUCGAGCUCACUGUCGCCGGCAGAGAUCUGACCAUCCACCAGUCGCCAGCCAUUCUGUCGUCGACCAGGUCCGGUGGCACAACCGGUGCAGUAGUAUGGAAGGUUACACCCCUUUUUGCCGAGUGGAUCUCCACCCCGGACAACAUCCUCGCCAGCGCCGGCGUUAUCUCCCGGUCCUCCUCGGUCCUUGAGCUGGGUUGCGGCACCUCUGCCGUGGUAGGCCUCGUCCUCGCCCCGUCUGUGGCGUCCUUUACAAUGACGGACCAGUCAUACGUCGCACGGUUGGUCGGCCAGAACAUGCAGGAAAACAAUAAUAGCAGCGUCAAGUCCAAGGCGUCCAAGGGUAGAAGGGCCAAGUCGGUCCCUCAGCAGCAGCAGCAGCAGCAGGCAUUGCGCUUCAUGCCGCUGGACUGGGAAACGGACCAAGUGACCACCUCGCUGAUUGGAUCUCCCCACGCCAAGAGCUUCGAUCUCGUCAUUGCCUGCGACUGCAUCUACAACGAGUCUCUUAUUGAACCUCUGGCACAAACCUGUGUUGACGCUUGCAGGCUGAGAGAGCUCGAGGCUGCACCUUCUAGUGACGGAGCCUCACUUCCAACCGUUUGUGUCGUUGCGCAACAGCUUCGGGAUCCGGUCAUUUUCGAGAGCUGGAUAAGGCGCUUUCAUCGUUCGUUUCAAGUCUGGCGAGUGCCCGAUGCAAAUUUACCCGAAGGCCUACGAUCUACCUCUGGAUUUGUUGUGCACGUUGGGUUCCUCAGGUAAUAGAGACGGAUCAUUUUGUCCCAUCCCUUGAAACUGGCGAUGCGUCAUGAGCACCCUAGGUCUUUUAAUUACCAGGCGGUUUGUGUAUUGGUCGUCUCAUUGUAGAAAAUCAAAACACUAAGAUCUUUCUUGAAGAAGAAGAGCAUUACAGUAAAGUCUGACGCAGAAAAUUUCCCACACUGAUAUCGCAGUACAAUAAUCGCAAGCUCAACGAGAGUCCCUUUCGCAGGGUUAUUUCAUAAAUCCCAACCGAAUAAUAGUUUUUCACCAGUUGAACCGAUUAACGCCUUUCGUUUUCGACAACACUUCGUUUAGGAAGCCGUCACCACUCAAGCGGCUCCUUCUUCUCCUCGCCCCUGUUGGUGGUAGGCACGGGCACAGCCUUGGCUGCGAGCUUACCACCUUGACCCUUUC